AUGAGAGUCACAACCUUUGUGAUCUUGUGCUGUGCUCUGCAGUAUGUUACUGCAGAUGCCAUCGAUGAUAACCUUCUCAACUUUAAAAAUGAAAAUUUCAUAGAGAUAGGUGAAACUACUACAGCAGAAGUUGAUGUCGAAAAUGGGACUGUAUACGAAAAAGAGACUACAAUCAAAAAGUUCGAGAGAGAUGGAGACAUUACACCAAAUAUUUCUGGUGAAGACAAGAUCGUCAGAACUUUCGUCAUAGAAACUGAUGCAUCUGGUCACGAAACAGUCUAUGAGGAAGACGUUGUAAUAAAGAAAAAACCAGGACAACAAAGUGUUACAGGAAGGAGUACUGCUGGACGUCGUCCUGCUCAAGCUUCAGCUGUGACAUCAGCAAGACCAAGCCCUGGACCAACUGUUGUAAUUGAAAGAAACGGUCCAACAGGAAACGUACCAGCACCAGCUGUAGUUCCUACUGGGUAUGGUCCAUAUGGACCCUACGGAGGACUCGGACCACUCGGAGCCUCAUCGGCCGCCUCAUCAGCAGCCGGAGCAGGCGGAAUCGACGUUGUCGGACCAGCAGUCGUAGGAGGACCAGGAUCCGCAGGAGCAGCCGCAGCUGCCUCUAGCGCAUCGGAAGCCGCACCUGUCAUCGUUAUCGAAGACAAUUCUGCAGCAGCAGCCGCCGCAGCAGGAUCUGCCGCUUCGGGACUUGGCGGACUAGGACUUGGAGGAUUGGGACCAUACGGAGCACUCGGACCACUUGGAGCUCUAUCGGCUAGCGCCGCUGGUGCCGGAAUUGGCGGACUCGGUGCAGGUGGACUAUCAGGAUUAGGAGGAGCUGGAGGCGCAGGCGCAGCAGCAGCUGGCUCUGCCGCAGCCGGACUCGGUGGAAUCGGUGGAGCAGGUGGCGCAUCCGGAGCAUCUGGAGCAGCAGCAGCUUCAUCCGCAUCUGGUGCCGCACCAGUAGUCGUCAUCGAAGAAGGACAAUCAGCAGCAUCAGCAGCCGCAGCAGGUUCAGCUGCAUCCGGACUUGGCCCAUUGGGACUUGGAGCAUGGGGACCAUACGGAGGUCUCGGACCACUCGGAGCCUCAUCGGCCGCCUCAUCAGCAGCCGGAGCAGGCGGAAUCGACGUUGUCGGACCAGCAGUCGUAGGAGGACCAGGAUCCGCAGGAGCAGCCGCAGCUGCCUCUAGCGCAUCGGAAGCCGCACCUGUCAUCGUUAUCGAAGACAAUUCUGCAGCAGCAGCCGCCGCAGCAGGAUCUGCAGCUUCGGGACUUGGCGGACUAGGACUUGGAGGAUUGGGACCAUACGGAGCACUCGGACCACUUGGAGCUCUAUCGGCUAGCGCCGCUGGUGCCGGAAUUGGCGGACUCGGUGCAGGUGGACUAUCAGGAUUAGGAGGAGCUGGAGGCGCAGGCGCAGCAGCAGCUGGCUCUGCCGCAGCCGGACUCGGUGGAAUCGGUGGAGCAGGUGGCGCAUCCGGAGCAUCUGGAGCAGCAGCAGCUUCAUCCGCAUCUGGUGCCGCACCAGUAGUCGUCAUCGAAGAAGGACAAUCAGCAGCAGCAGCAGCCGCAGCAGGUUCAGCUGCAUCUGGACUUGGCCCAUUGGGACUUGGAGCAUGGGGACCAUACGGAGGUCUCGGACCACUCGGAGCCUCAUCGGCCGCCUCAUCAGCAGCCGGAGCAGGCGGAAUCGACGUUGUCGGACCAGCAGUCGUAGGAGGACCAGGAUCCGCAGGAGCAGCCGCAGCUGCCUCUAGCGCAUCGGAAGCCGCACCUGUCAUCGUUAUCGAAGACAAUUCUGCAGCAGCAGCCGCCGCAGCAGGAUCUGCCGCUUCGGGACUUGGCGGACUAGGACUUGGAGGAUUGGGACCAUACGGAGCACUCGGACCACUUGGAGCUCUAUCGGCUAGCGCCGCUGGUGCCGGAAUUGGCGGACUCGGUGCAGGUGGACUAUCAGGAUUAGGAGGAGCUGGAGGCGCAGGCGCAGCAGCAGCUGGCUCUGCCGCAGCCGGACUCGGUGGAAUCGGUGGAGCAGGUGGCGCAUCCGGAGCAUCUGGAGCAGCAGCAGCUUCAUCCGCAUCUGGUGCCGCACCAGUAGUCGUCAUCGAAGAAGGACAAUCAGCAGCAGCAGCAGCCGCAGCAGGUUCAGCUGCAUCUGGACUUGGCCCAUUGGGACUUGGAGCAUGGGGACCAUACGGAGGUCUCGGACCACUCGGAGCCUCAUCGGCCGCCUCAUCAGCAGCCGGAGCAGGCGGAAUCGACGUUGUCGGACCAGCAGUCGUAGGAGGACCAGGAUCCGCAGGAGCAGCCGCAGCUGCCUCUAGCGCAUCGGAAGCCGCACCUGUCAUCGUUAUCGAAGACAAUUCUGCAGCAGCAGCCGCCGCAGCAGGAUCUGCCGCUUCGGGACUUGGCGGACUAGGACUUGGAGGAUUGGGACCAUACGGAGCACUCGGACCACUUGGAGCUCUAUCGGCUAGCGCCGCUGGUGCCGGAAUUGGCGGACUCGGUGCAGGUGGACUAUCAGGAUUAGGAGGAGCUGGAGGCGCAGGCGCAGCAGCAGCUGGCUCUGCCGCAGCCGGACUCGGUGGAAUCGGUGGAGCAGGUGGCGCAUCCGGAGCAUCUGGAGCAGCAGCAGCUUCAUCCGCAUCUGGUGCCGCACCAGUGAUCGUUAUCGAAGAAGGACAAUCAGCAGCAGCAGCCGCAGCAGGUUCAGCUGCAUCUGGACUUGGCCCAUUGGGACUUGGAGCAUGGGGACCAUACGGAGGUCUCGGACCACUCGGAGCCUCAUCGGCCGCCUCAUCAGCAGCCGGAGCAGGCGGAAUCGACGUUGUCGGACCAGCAGUCGUAGGAGGACCAGGAUCCGCAGGAGCAGCCGCAGCUGCCUCUAGCGCAUCGGAAGCCGCACCUGUCAUCGUUAUCGAAGACAAUUCUGCAGCAGCAGCCGCCGCAGCAGGAUCUGCCGCUUCGGGACUUGGCGGACUAGGACUUGGAGGAUUGGGACCAUACGGAGCACUCGGACCACUUGGAGCUCUAUCGGCUAGCGCCGCUGGCGCAGCAGCAGCUGGCUCUGCCGCAGCCGGACUCGGUGGAAUCGGUGGAGCAGGUGGCGCAUCCGGAGCAUCUGGAGCAGCAGCAGCUUCAUCCGCAUCUGGUGCCGCACCAGUAGUCGUCAUCGAAGAAGGACAAUCAGCAGCAGCAGCAGCCGCAGCAGGUUCAGCUGCAUCUGGACUUGGCCCAUUGGGACUUGGAGCAUGGGGACCAUACGGAGGUCUCGGACCACUCGGAGCCUCAUCGGCCGCCUCAUCAGCAGCCGGAGCAGGCGGAAUCGACGUUGUCGGACCAGCAGUCGUAGGAGGACCAGGAUCCGCAGGAGCAGCCGCAGCUGCCUCUAGCGCAUCGGAAGCCGCACCUGUCAUCGUUAUCGAAGACAAUUCUGCAGCAGCAGCCGCCGCAGCAGGAUCUGCCGCUUCGGGACUUGGCGGACUAGGACUUGGAGGAUUGGGACCAUACGGAGCACUCGGACCACUUGGAGCUCUAUCGGCUAGCGCCGCUGGUGCCGGAAUUGGCGGACUCGGUGCAGGUGGACUAUCAGGAUUAGGAGGAGCUGGAGGCGCAGGCGCAGCAGCAGCUGGCUCUGCCGCAGCCGGACUCGGUGGAAUCGGUGGAGCAGGUGGCGCAUCCGGAGCAUCUGGAGCAGCAGCAGCUUCAUCCGCAUCUGGUGCCGCACCAGUGAUCGUUAUCGAAGAAGGACAAUCAGCAGCAGCAGCCGCAGCAGGUUCAGCUGCAUCUGGACUUGGCCCAUUGGGACUUGGAGCAUGGGGACCAUACGGAGGUCUCGGACCACUCGGAGCCUCAUCGGCCGCCUCAUCAGCAGCCGGAGCAGGCGGAAUCGACGUUGUCGGACCAGCAGUCGUAGGAGGACCAGGAUCCGCAGGAGCAGCCGCAGCUGCCUCUAGCGCAUCGGAAGCCGCACCUGUCAUCGUUAUCGAAGACAAUUCUGCAGCAGCAGCCGCCGCAGCAGGAUCUGCAGCUUCGGGACUUGGCGGACUAGGACUUGGAGGAUUGGGACCAUACGGAGCACUCGGACCACUUGGAGCUCUAUCGGCUAGCGCCGCUGGUGCCGGAAUUGGCGGACUCGGUGCAGGUGGACUAUCAGGAUUAGGAGGAGCUGGAGGCGCAGGCGCAGCAGCAGCUGGCUCUGCCGCAGCCGGACUCGGUGGAAUCGGUGGAGCAGGUGGCGCAUCCGGAGCAUCUGGAGCAGCAGCAGCUUCAUCCGCAUCUGGUGCCGCACCAGUGAUCGUUAUCGAAGAAGGACAAUCAGCAGCAGCAGCCGCAGCAGGUUCAGCUGCAUCUGGACUUGGCCCAUUGGGACUUGGAGCAUGGGGACCAUACGGAGGUCUCGGACCACUCGGAGCCUCAUCGGCCGCCUCAUCAGCAGCCGGAGCAGGCGGAAUCGACGUUGUCGGACCAGCAGUCGUAGGAGGACCAGGAUCCGCAGGAGCAGCCGCAGCUGCCUCUAGCGCAUCGGAAGCCGCACCUGUCAUCGUUAUCGAAGACAAUUCUGCAGCAGCAGCCGCCGCAGCAGGAUCUGCAGCUUCGGGACUUGGCGGACUAGGACUUGGAGGAUUGGGACCAUACGGAGCACUCGGACCACUUGGAGCUCUAUCGGCUAGCGCCGCUGGUGCCGGAAUUGGCGGACUCGGUGCAGGUGGACUAUCAGGAUUAGGAGGAGCUGGAGGCGCAGGCGCAGCAGCAGCAGCUGGCUCUGCCGCAGCCGGACUCGGUGGAAUCGGUGGAGCAGGUGGCGCAUCCGGAGCAUCUGGAGCAGCAGCAGCUUCAUCCGCAUCUGGUGCCGCACCAGUGAUCGUUAUCGAAGAAGGACAAUCAGCAGCAGCAGCAGCCGCAGCAGGUUCAGCUGCAUCUGGACUUGGCCCAUUGGGACUUGGAGCAUGGGGACCAUACGGAGGUCUCGGACCACUCGGAGCCUCAUCGGCCGCCUCAUCAGCAGCCGGAGCAGGCGGAAUCGACGUUGUCGGACCAGCAGUCGUAGGAGGACCAGGAUCCGCAGGAGCAGCCGCAGCUGCCUCUAGCGCAUCGGAAGCCGCACCUGUCAUCGUUAUCGAAGACAAUUCUGCAGCAGCAGCCGCCGCAGCAGGAUCUGCCGCUUCGGGACUUGGCGGACUAGGACUUGGAGGAUUGGGACCAUACGGAGCACUCGGACCACUUGGAGCUCUAUCGGCUAGCGCCGCUGGUGCCGGAAUUGGCGGACUCGGUGCAGGUGGACUAUCAGGAUUAGGAGGAGCUGGAGGCGCAGGCGCAGCAGCAGCUGGCUCUGCCGCAGCCGGACUCGGUGGAAUCGGUGGAGCAGGUGGCGCAUCCGGAGCAUCUGGAGCAGCAGCAGCUUCAUCCGCAUCUGGUGCCGCACCAGUGAUCGUUAUCGAAGAAGGACAAUCAGCAGCAGCAGCAGCCGCAGCAGGUUCAGCUGCAUCUGGACUUGGCCCAUUGGGACUUGGAGCAUGGGGACCAUACGGAGGUCUCGGACCACUCGGAGCCUCAUCGGCCGCCUCAUCAGCAGCCGGAGCAGGCGGAAUCGACGUUGUCGGACCAGCAGUCGUAGGAGGACCAGGAUCCGCAGGAGCAGCCGCAGCUGCCUCUAGCGCAUCGGAAGCCGCACCUGUCAUCGUUAUCGAAGACAAUUCUGCAGCAGCAGCCGCCGCAGCAGGAUCUGCAGCUUCGGGACUUGGCGGACUAGGACUUGGAGGAUUGGGACCAUACGGAGCACUCGGACCACUUGGAGCUCUAUCGGCUAGCGCCGCUGGUGCCGGAAUUGGCGGACUCGGUGCAGGUGGACUAUCAGGAUUAGGAGGAGCUGGAGGCGCAGGCGCAGCAGCAGCUGGCUCUGCCGCAGCCGGACUCGGUGGAAUCGGUGGAGCAGGUGGCGCAUCCGGAGCAUCUGGAGCAGCAGCAGCUUCAUCCGCAUCUGGUGCCGCACCAGUAGUCGUCAUCGAAGAAGGACAAUCAGCAGCAUCAGCAGCCGCAGCAGGUUCAGCUGCAUCCGGACUUGGCCCAUUGGGACUUGGAGCAUGGGGACCAUACGGAGGUCUCGGACCACUCGGAGCCUCAUCGGCCGCCUCAUCAGCAGCCGGAGCAGGCGGAAUCGACGUUGUCGGACCAGCAGUCGUAGGAGGACCAGGAUCCGCAGGAGCAGCCGCAGCUGCCUCUAGCGCAUCGGAAGCCGCACCUGUCAUCGUUAUCGAAGACAAUUCUGCAGCAGCAGCCGCCGCAGCAGGAUCUGCCGCUUCGGGACUUGGCGGACUAGGACUUGGAGGAUUGGGACCAUACGGAGCACUCGGACCACUUGGAGCUCUAUCGGCUAGCGCCGCUGGUGCCGGAAUUGGCGGACUCGGUGCAGGUGGACUAUCAGGAUUAGGAGGAGCUGGAGGCGCAGGCGCAGCAGCAGCUGGCUCUGCCGCAGCCGGACUCGGUGGAAUCGGUGGAGCAGGUGGCGCAUCCGGAGCAUCUGGAGCAGCAGCAGCUUCAUCCGCAUCUGGUGCCGCACCAGUGAUCGUUAUCGAAGAAGGACAAUCAGCAGCAGCAGCCGCAGCAGGUUCAGCUGCAUCUGGACUUGGCCCAUUGGGACUUGGAGCAUGGGGACCAUACGGAGGUCUCGGACCACUCGGAGCCUCAUCGGCCGCCUCAUCAGCAGCCGGAGCAGGCGGAAUCGACGUUGUCGGACCAGCAGUCGUAGGAGGACCAGGAUCCGCAGGAGCAGCCGCAGCUGCCUCUAGCGCAUCGGAAGCCGCACCUGUCAUCGUUAUCGAAGACAAUUCUGCAGCAGCAGCCGCCGCAGCAGGAUCUGCAGCUUCGGGACUUGGCGGACUAGGACUUGGAGGAUUGGGACCAUACGGAGCACUCGGACCACUUGGAGCUCUAUCGGCUAGCGCCGCUGGUGCCGGAAUUGGCGGACUCGGUGCAGGUGGACUAUCAGGAUUAGGAGGAGCUGGAGGCGCAGGCGCAGCAGCAGCUGGCUCUGCCGCAGCCGGACUCGGUGGAAUCGGUGGAGCAGGUGGCGCAUCCGGAGCAUCUGGAGCAGCAGCAGCUUCAUCCGCAUCUGGUGCCGCACCAGUAGUCGUCAUCGAAGAAGGACAAUCAGCAGCAGCAGCCGCAGCAGGUUCAGCUGCAUCUGGACUUGGCCCAUUGGGACUUGGAGCAUGGGGACCAUACGGAGGUCUCGGACCACUCGGAGCCUCAUCGGCCGCCUCAUCAGCAGCCGGAGCAGGCGGAAUCGACGUUGUCGGACCAGCAGUCGUAGGAGGACCAGGAUCCGCAGGAGCAGCCGCAGCUGCCUCUAGCGCAUCGGAAGCCGCACCUGUCAUCGUUAUCGAAGACAAUUCUGCAGCAGCAGCCGCCGCAGCAGGAUCUGCAGCUUCGGGACUUGGCGGACUAGGACUUGGAGGAUUGGGACCAUACGGAGCACUCGGACCACUUGGAGCUCUAUCGGCUAGCGCCGCUGGUGCCGGAAUUGGCGGACUCGGUGCAGGUGGACUAUCAGGAUUAGGAGGAGCUGGAGGCGCAGGCGCAGCAGCAGCUGGCUCUGCCGCAGCCGGACUCGGUGGAAUCGGUGGAGCAGGUGGCGCAUCCGGAGCAUCUGGAGCAGCAGCAGCUUCAUCCGCAUCUGGUGCCGCACCAGUGAUCGUUAUCGAAGAAGGACAAUCAGCAGCAGCAGCAGCCGCAGCAGGUUCAGCUGCAUCUGGACUUGGCCCAUUGGGACUUGGAGCAUGGGGACCAUACGGAGGUCUCGGACCACUCGGAGCCUCAUCGGCCGCCUCAUCAGCAGCCGGAGCAGGCGGAAUCGACGUUGUCGGACCAGCAGUCGUAGGAGGACCAGGAUCCGCAGGAGCAGCCGCAGCUGCCUCUAGCGCAUCGGAAGCCGCACCUGUCAUCGUUAUCGAAGACAAUUCUGCAGCAGCAGCCGCCGCAGCAGGAUCUGCAGCUUCGGGACUUGGCGGACUAGGACUUGGAGGAUUGGGACCAUACGGAGCACUCGGACCACUUGGAGCUCUAUCGGCUAGCGCCGCUGGUGCCGGAAUUGGCGGACUCGGUGCAGGUGGACUAUCAGGAUUAGGAGGAGCUGGAGGCGCAGGCGCAGCAGCAGCUGGCUCUGCCGCAGCCGGACUCGGUGGAAUCGGUGGAGCAGGUGGCGCAUCCGGAGCAUCUGGAGCAGCAGCAGCUUCAUCCGCAUCUGGUGCCGCACCAGUGAUCGUUAUCGAAGAAGGACAAUCAGCAGCAGCAGCAGCCGCAGCAGGUUCAGCUGCAUCUGGACUUGGCCCAUUGGGACUUGGAGCAUGGGGACCAUACGGAGGUCUCGGACCACUCGGAGCCUCAUCGGCCGCCUCAUCAGCAGCCGGAGCAGGCGGAAUCGACGUUGUCGGACCAGCAGUCGUAGGAGGACCAGGAUCCGCAGGAGCAGCCGCAGCUGCCUCUAGCGCAUCGGAAGCCGCACCUGUCAUCGUUAUCGAAGACAAUUCUGCAGCAGCCGCCGCAGCAGGAUCUGCAGCUUCGGGACUUGGCGGACUAGGACUUGGAGGAUUGGGACCAUACGGAGCACUCGGACCACUUGGAGCUCUAUCGGCUAGCGCCGCUGGUGCCGGAAUUGGCGGACUCGGUGCAGGUGGACUAUCAGGAUUAGGAGGAGCUGGAGGCGCAGGCGCAGCAGCAGCUGGCUCUGCCGCAGCCGGACUCGGUGGAAUCGGUGGAGCAGGUGGCGCAUCCGGAGCAUCUGGAGCAGCAGCAGCUUCAUCCGCAUCUGGUGCCGCACCAGUGAUCGUUAUCGAAGAAGGACAAUCAGCAGCAGCAGCAGCCGCAGCAGGUUCAGCUGCAUCUGGACUUGGCCCAUUGGGACUUGGAGCAUGGGGACCAUACGGAGGUCUCGGACCACUCGGAGCCUCAUCGGCCGCCUCAUCAGCAGCCGGAGCAGGCGGAAUCGACGUUGUCGGACCAGCAGUCGUAGGAGGACCAGGAUCCGCAGGAGCAGCCGCAGCUGCCUCUAGCGCAUCGGAAGCCGCACCUGUCAUCGUUAUCGAAGACAAUUCUGCAGCAGCAGCCGCCGCAGCAGGAUCUGCAGCUUCGGGACUUGGCGGACUAGGACUUGGAGGAUUGGGACCAUACGGAGCACUCGGACCACUUGGAGCUCUAUCGGCUAGCGCCGCUGGUGCCGGAAUUGGCGGACUCGGUGCAGGUGGACUAUCAGGAUUAGGAGGAGCUGGAGGCGCAGGCGCAGCAGCAGCUGGCUCUGCCGCAGCCGGACUCGGUGGAAUCGGUGGAGCAGGUGGCGCAUCCGGAGCAUCUGGAGCAGCAGCAGCUUCAUCCGCAUCUGGUGCCGCACCAGUGAUCGUUAUCGAAGAAGGACAAUCAGCAGCAGCAGCAGCCGCAGCAGGUUCAGCUGCAUCUGGACUUGGCCCAUUGGGACUUGGAGCAUGGGGACCAUACGGAGGUCUCGGACCACUCGGAGCCUCAUCGGCCGCCUCAUCAGCAGCCGGAGCAGGAGGACCAGCAGUCGUAGGAGGACCAGCAGGAUCCGCAGGAGCAGCCGCAGCUGCCUCUAGCGCAUCGGAAGCCGCACCUGUCAUCGUUAUCGAAGACAAUUCUGCAGCAGCAGCCGCCGCAGCAGGAUCUGCAGCUUCGGGACUUGGCGGACUAGGACUUGGAGGAUUGGGACCAUACGGAGCACUCGGACCACUUGGAGCUCUAUCGGCUAGCGCCGCUGGUGCCGGAAUUGGCGGACUCGGUGCAGGUGGACUAUCAGGAUUAGGAGGAGCUGGAGGCGCAGGCGCAGCAGCAGCUGGCUCUGCCGCAGCCGGACUCGGUGGAAUCGGUGGAGCAGGUGGCGCAUCCGGAGCAUCUGGAGCAGCAGCAGCUUCAUCCGCAUCUGGUGCCGCACCAGUGAUCGUUAUCGAAGAAGGACAAUCAGCAGCAGCAGCAGCCGCAGCAGGUUCAGCUGCAUCUGGACUUGGCCCAUUGGGACUUGGAGCAUGGGGACCAUACGGAGGUCUCGGACCACUCGGAGCCUCAUCGGCCGCCUCAUCAGCAGCCGGAGCAGGCGGAAUCGACGUUGUCGGACCAGCAGUCGUAGGAGGACCAGGAUCCGCAGGAGCAGCCGCAGCUGCCUCUAGCGCAUCGGAAGCCGCACCUGUCAUCGUUAUCGAAGACAAUUCUGCAGCAGCAGCCGCCGCAGCAGGAUCUGCAGCUUCGGGACUUGGCGGACUAGGACUUGGAGGAUUGGGACCAUACGGAGCACUCGGACCACUUGGAGCUCUAUCGGCUAGCGCCGCUGGUGCCGGAAUUGGCGGACUCGGUGCAGGUGGACUAUCAGGAUUAGGAGGAGCUGGAGGCGCAGGCGCAGCAGCAGCUGGCUCUGCCGCAGCCGGACUCGGUGGAAUCGGUGGAGCAGGUGGCGCAUCCGGAGCAUCUGGAGCAGCAGCAGCUUCAUCCGCAUCUGGUGCCGCACCAGUGAUCGUUAUCGAAGAAGGACAAUCAGCAGCAGCAGCAGCCGCAGCAGGUUCAGCUGCAUCUGGACUUGGCCCAUUGGGACUUGGAGCAUGGGGACCAUACGGAGGUCUCGGACCACUCGGAGCCUCAUCGGCCGCCUCAUCAGCAGCCGGAGCAGGCGGAAUCGACGUUGUCGGACCAGCAGUCGUAGGAGGACCAGGAUCCGCAGGAGCAGCCGCAGCUGCCUCUAGCGCAUCGGAAGCCGCACCUGUCAUCGUUAUCGAAGACAAUUCUGCAGCAGCAGCCGCCGCAGCAGGAUCUGCAGCUUCGGGACUUGGCGGACUAGGACUUGGAGGAUUGGGACCAUACGGAGCACUCGGACCACUUGGAGCUCUAUCGGCUAGCGCCGCUGGUGCCGGAAUUGGCGGACUCGGUGCAGGUGGACUAUCAGGAUUAGGAGGAGCUGGAGGCGCAGGCGCAGCAGCAGCUGGCUCUGCCGCAGCCGGACUCGGUGGAAUCGGUGGAGGUGGAGCAGGUGGCGCAUCCGGAGCAUCUGGAGCAGCAGCAGCUUCAUCCGCAUCUGGUGCCGCACCAGUGAUCGUUAUCGAAGAAGGACAAUCAGCAGCAGCAGCAGCCGCAGCAGGUUCAGCUGCAUCUGGACUUGGCCCAUUGGGACUUGGAGCAUGGGGACCAUACGGAGGUCUCGGACCACUCGGAGCCUCAUCGGCCGCCUCAUCAGCAGCCGGAGCAGGCGGAAUCGACGUUGUCGGACCAGCAGUCGUAGGAGGACCAGGAUCCGCAGGAGCAGCCGCAGCUGCCUCUAGCGCAUCGGAAGCCGCACCUGUCAUCGUUAUCGAAGACAAUUCUGCAGCAGCAGCCGCCGCAGCAGGAUCUGCAGCUUCGGGACUUGGCGGACUAGGACUUGGAGGAUUGGGACCAUACGGAGCACUCGGACCACUUGGAGCUCUAUCGGCUAGCGCCGCUGGUGCCGGAAUUGGCGGACUCGGUGCAGGUGGACUAUCAGGAUUAGGAGGAGCUGGAGGCGCAGGCGCAGCAGCAGCUGGCUCUGCCGCAGCCGGACUCGGUGGAAUCGGUGGAGCAGGUGGCGCAUCCGGAGCAUCUGGAGCAGCAGCAGCUUCAUCCGCAUCUGGUGCCGCACCAGUGAUCGUUAUCGAAGAAGGACAAUCAGCAGCAUCAGCAGCCGCAGCAGGUUCAGCUGCAUCUGGACUUGGCCCAUUGGGACUUGGAGCAUGGGGACCAUACGGAGGUCUCGGACCACUCGGAGCCUCAUCGGCCGCCUCAUCAGCAGCCGGAGCAGGCGGAAUCGACGUUGUCGGACCAGCAGUCGUAGGAGGACCAGGAUCCGCAGGAGCAGCCGCAGCUGCCUCUAGCGCAUCGGAAGCCGCACCUGUCAUCGUUAUCGAAGACAAUUCUGCAGCAGCAGCCGCCGCAGCAGGAUCUGCAGCUUCGGGACUUGGCGGACUAGGACUUGGAGGAUUGGGACCAUACGGAGCACUCGGACCACUUGGAGCUCUAUCGGCUAGCGCCGCUGGCGCAGCAGCAGCUGGCUCUGCCGCAGCCGGACUCGGUGGAAUCGGUGGAGCAGGUGGCGCAUCCGGAGCAUCUGGAGCAGCAGCAGCUUCAUCCGCAUCUGGUGCCGCACCAGUAGUCGUCAUCGAAGAAGGACAAUCAGCAGCAUCAGCAGCCGCAGCAGGUUCAGCUGCAUCCGGACUUGGCCCAUUGGGACUUGGAGCAUGGGGACCAUACGGAGGUCUCGGACCACUCGGAGCCUCAUCGGCCGCCUCAUCAGCAGCCGGAGCAGGCGGAAUCGACGUUGUCGGACCAGCAGUCGUAGGAGGACCAGGAUCCGCAGGAGCAGCCGCAGCUGCCUCUAGCGCAUCGGAAGCCGCACCUGUCAUCGUUAUCGAAGACAAUUCUGCAGCAGCAGCAGCCGCAGCAGGUUCAGCUGCAUCUGGACUUGGCCCAUUGGGACUGCUCGGAAUUGGCGGACUGCGUGGACUAUCAGGAUUAGGAGGAGCUGGAGGCGCAGGCGCAGCAGCAGCUGGCUCUGCUGGGACUUGGAGCAUGGGGACCAUACGGAGGUCUCGGACCACUCGGAGCCUCAUCGGCCGCUUCUUCAGCAGCUAUCAGGAUUAGGAGGAGCUCUGGUGUAGCACGACCUGCUCCGGAUCUGGUGCCGCACCAGUGAUCGUUAUCGAAGAAGGACAAUCAGCAGCAGCAGCAGCCGCAGCAGGUUCAGCUGCAUCUGGACUUGGCCCAUUGGGACUUGGAGCAUGGGGACCAUACGGAUUGAUUGGGACCAUACGGAUUGGACCACUUGGAGCUCUAUCGGAGGCGCCAAUUGGCGGACUCGGUGCAGGUGGACUAUGCAUUACUUGGAGGCAGCAGCAGUUGGCUUUUUUAGCCGGACUCGGUGGAAUCGGUGGAGCAGGUGGCGCAUCCGGAGCAUCUGGAGCAGCAGCAGCUUCAUCCGCAUCUGGUGCCGCACCAGUGAUCGUUAUCGAAGAAGGACAAUCAGCAGCAUCAGCAGCCGCAGCAGGUUCAGCUGCAUCUGGACUUGGCCCAUUGGGACUUGGAGCAUGGGGACCAUACGGAGGUCUCGGACCACUCGGAGCCUCAUCGGCCGCCUCAUCAGCAGCCGGAGCAGGCGGAAUCGACGUUGUCGGACCAGCAGUCGUAGGAGGACCAGGAUCCGCAGGAGCAGCCGCAAUCAUCGUUAUGAAGACAUUAAAGCUGCAGCUAGCAGCCGCCGCAGCAGGAUCUGCACUCGGACCACUUGGAGAAGACACUCUAUCGGCUAGCGCCGCUGGUGCCGGAAUUGGCGGACUCGGUGCAGGUGGACUAUCAGGAUUAGGAGGAGCUGGAGGCGCAGGCGCAGCAGCAGCUGGCUCUGCCGCAGCUGGACUCGGUGGAAUCGGUGGAGCAGGUGGCGCAUCCGGAGCAUCUGGAGCAGCAGCAGCUUCAUCCGCAUCUGGUGCCGCACCAGUGAUCGUUAUCGAAGAAGGACAAUCAGCAGCAGCAGCAGCCGCAGCAGGUUCAGCUGCAUCUGGACUUGGCCCAUUGGGACUUGGAGCAUGGGGACCAUACGGAGGUCUCGGACCACUCGGAGCCUCAUCGGCCGCCUCAUCAGCAGCCGGAGCAGGCGGAAUCGACGUUGUCGGACCAGCAGUCGUAGGAGGACCAGGAUCCGCAGGAGCAGCCGCAGCUGCCUCUAGCGCAUCGGAAGCCGCACCUGUCAUCGUUAUCGAAGACAAUUCUGCAGCAGCAGCCGCCGCAGCAGGAUCUGCAGCUACUUGGCGGACUAGGACUUGGAAUUGGGACCAUGGAGCACUCGGACCACUUGGAGCUCUAUCGGCUAGCGCCGCUGGUGCCGGAAUUGGCGGACUCGGUGCAGGUGGACUAUCAGGAUUAGGAGGAGCUGGAGGCGCAGGCGCAGCAGCAGCUGGCUCUGCCGCAGCCGGACUCGGUGGAAUCGGUGGAGCAGGUGGCGCAUCCGGAGCAUCUGGAGCAGCAGCAGCUUCAUCCGCAUCUGGUGCCGCACCAGUGAUCGUUAUCGAACAGGACACAUCAGCAGCAUCAGCAGCAGCAGCAGGUUCAGCUGCAUCUGGACUUGGCCCAUUGGGACUUGGAGCAUGGGGACCAUACGGAGGUCUCGGACCACUCGGAGCCUCAUCGGCCGCCUCAUCAGCAGCCGGAGCAGGCGGAAUCGACGUUGUCGGACCAGCAGUCGUAGGAGGACCAGGAUCCGCAAUAUAUCUUCGGAAUUCAUCGUUAUCGAAGACAAUUCUGGCAGCAGCCGCCGCAGCAGGAUCUGCAGCUUAUAUAUUUGGUGCCGGAAUUGGCGGAUUCCUGGUGCAAUAUGUCAUGAUGGGUCAAUUGACCUGCAGCUUCAACUAUAUUCGUCGAAGAAGGACAAUAUCCUCAGCCGCAGCAGCAGGAUCUGCAGCUUCGGGACUUGGCGGACUAGGACUUGGAGGAUUGGGAUCACUCAAGACAAUUCUGCAGCAGCAGCCGCCCAUGAUUCCGCUUCGGGAUAAUGCUUAUGGCUCUGCCGCAGCCGGACUCGGUGGAAUCGGUGGAGCAGGUGGCGCAUCCGGAGCAUCUGGAGCAGCAGCAGCUUCAUCCGCAUCUGGUGCCGCACCAGUGAUCGUUAUAGGUAUACCAUGUAAAAAGCCGCACCUUCAUCGUUAUGAGCAGCAGCAGCCGCAGCAGGUUCCCCAUCUGCCCAUCAAUUAA